CAGCCAUGUCCGUUGUCCAAGUGAAGCUCGUAAUUUCACACAAUGAGAACGAAUAUGGCCAAACCAUUCUUGGGCCCCCCACCUAUCUCUUUCCUUGAUGCUGAAUUUACCAUUUCCAAUUGGACAAUUCACCAUUUGACAGUUAUGAGCAACGACCAAAGUAAGGAAAAAAUGAAAAGGAAAGGAGCAUUUUCUUUGGCAAUGAACAAAACCCAAGAAAAGCUUACCAUUGUCCUCCCAACAAAUUCAUAAUAAUAAUUAUUCAUUUGGCCAUUUUCCUAAAGAUAUGAACAAUCCCAACAAAUCCAGACCCAUUUUAGAGUUUUCAGUUUCUACCUUCUGCCCUCGACACCCCCCACUAACCAUAGCCAUAUAAUCCAAGCAAUCAUACCACCAAAAACAAAAACACACCACUUUUCCCAUGGCAGAAACUAGCUCCACUGCCAGAACCAGCAACUUCAAUAAUGGAUCACCUAUUGCUAACUUAGCUCCAGACCAUCUCUUUACAAUCUUGCUUUUACUUCCUAUAGAGUCAAUUCUAUCUUUUGCCAUGACUUGUAAGAAAUUCAGGUAUCUGGCAAGUUGUAAUUCACUGUGGGAGUCCAUAUGCAGGAGAGACUGGGGACCGACAGCCGUAGAUGCCCUUAAGUCUUCUUUUCAUGGUGAUGAGGAUCAUCAACUGCUUCCAUGGAUUAGGCUAUACAAGCAGGUGUCUCAGCUCGAUUCAGUUUGCUGCUACAAACUCUCUGACCCAGAUUCUGAUUUGCUGUUACCAAGCCCCAGAGCCUCUCACUCCCUCAAUUUUGUGUCUGGUUGCCUGGUUUUGUUUGGUGGUGGCUGUGAAGGAGGACGCCAUGUUGAUGACACUUGGGCUGCAUACAUCGGUGAUAAUUCUCGGAGGAUGUUAAAGUGGCAGAAGAUUCAUUCAGGUAUCCCAAGCGGGAGAUUUGGGCAUACGUGUGUUGCCAUUGACAAUUAUCUUGUUCUAUUUGGAGGAAUCAAUGACCGGGGAAAUCGUCACAGUGAUACAUGGGUGGGGCAAGUAGCAUUCCACGAGAAUGUUGGUAUCUCGUUGUCGUGGAGGCUGCUAGAUGUGGGGUCAAUAGCACCAGCUCCACGCGGAGCCCAUGCUGCAUGUUGCAUAAGCAACAGGAAGAUGGUUAUUCAUGGAGGAAUUGGUUGGAAUGGUGUCAGGUUGGGUGAUACAUGGGUGUUAGAACUCUCGGAAAAUCUUUGUUUCGGAACAUGGCAUGAGAUUGUGAGUCAUUCCUCUCCUCCUGCUCGUUCAGGACAUUCAUUGACAUGCAUAGGGGGAACACGAACAAUUCUAUUUGGUGGGAGAGGAUUGGGUUACGAUGUUCUGAAUGAUAUCUGGCUCUUGGAUGUGUCUGAGGAUUAUUCGAAAUGGGUAGAAAUAUUUUACGAACUGCAAAGCAUACCAGCCGGAGUUUCCCUCCCACGAGUUGGCCAUUCAGCUACAUGCAUCUUAGGAGGGCGACUGCUAAUUCAUGGAGGAGAAGAUUCACAGAGGCACCGAAAGGAUGACUUUUGGGUAUUAGAUAUCAGUGCCAUCUCAUUAGAAAGAAUGCAGCCAGCUAGAUUGAGCUCAAAGAGAUUGUUGGCAAACAUGUGGAGGAGAGUUAAAGCUAAGGGUUAUAAACCCAAGUCCAGAUCAUUUCACCGAGCUUCUGUAGAUAAUUCGGGGCGUUAUUUGUAUGUUUAUGGCGGAAUGGUGGAUGGAGCAGUUCAGCCUGCGGAAUCAUCUGGACUAGGGUUUGAUGGAGAGCUGUUUCUGGUGGAGCUCGUGCUUCAGCUGUAAAAAAA